AUGUAUCCUCAUCGUCGCGCGCCAGGGGACCAAGGCGAACAUGUCAUCUGGCGCUCCAAUACAGCUGACAUCCCCGACGACGUGAUCGAUCCCCAACUGCUUGCAGUAAGCAACCAGAGCGAUGCCGCUCAUCAACCAAGUCUCCCUCAACAGCCAUCUCAGCUGCUUGCAGAAACCAGCCAGAGCAAUACCGUUGAACAGACUAGUGUCUAUCUACACCCGCCUCUGGACCCAGUCCAUCAGUACAACCCUCAGGUCGAGCUUCAACCCAACCGCCACGUUUCCCUUCCCCCUAGGGAUGGAAGUAUCUAUCAACAGCAGCAGUUGGAUUUCCAUCAUCCCAACGCUUUCUCCAACCCUCACGUCAACCCUCAAGUGAUCUCUCCGUCCAACUCUCAACCAAACCCUCAAUACUCAUUCAGCCCUCAGAGCCACUCUCCUUUUCGUGAUGGAAGUAUCCAUCACCACCAACCCUUCAACCCUUCUUCUCUUGCUUACUCUCCUCCUCAAGAUGGUCGCGCCUUUUUCCAGCAAGCGGCAUCGAGCCCAUCACUCCCACGUCACUCCAGAACUAACCGCAUGUCGCAAGGCGACGUCCGAGCCUCCCCGUUAAUCAGAACACCUCAUCGCAACCAAGACAGAAGUGUCAGAGCCAACGUCCCGUCACCCGCUAAAAGCAAGUCGAGAGCCUUUAGUCGCGGAUUCGGUCAAGGACCAAUGUCGGAGGCGGAUGAGGGUCCGUUCCGGUUUCAAGAUGAACCUGACAGCAGCCCGUUGACUUCUCUGACCGCAACCCCGGCAAGAUCUUCAAGCCCAGACGACGGCGAGAUGGAAAUGGACUUGGACGAUUGGGAGUCCGGUCGAGAGGCUGAGGUUGGGAUUCCCAGCUCAAGCCCUCCGCAAAACAACGUGACACCAACGCGGCCUCGCCAAAGACAAGAAGAAGACUUACAAGGACGAGAGGGACAGUAUCAGCGACCGCGGAGGUACAACAUAGACUUGCUAUUGGAAAGCGUGGCUAUAACCCCAGUGGCAGACAUGGAGAUCGAGGAGGGUGUAGACGAAGCGGCAAGCCAUGCGGAUGUGGAGUCCGCUUCUCACGAUCCCAGCCUCCAGAGACCGGAGUCUCAAGAGAAUGCCAGACCUAGAGCUGCCAGUCUGGAGAUCGUUACUCCCCCACGGGGCAGCAUUUUGCGGCGCUUUGGUCCUGGAACUGGACUAUCUUUCCCAUCUGGAGUACCUUAUUCGACUCGUUAUUCCGAUUAUACUCCACCUCCUGAAGACUUUUGGCGGCCCCUCUUUGCAGCACGACCUGUGCCUCCGGGCGGAUACUUAGCUGUUGAGCGUGCAGCAGAUGAGAGGACUCAAACUGACAACGUCUCCGGACCGCAAGACGGUGAAUCUUUUCGGCACAACCAGCACCUGAACUCUCAAACCGGAGGAGUGCGACACCACAUGAGAACAGCUAUCCCUGGCCCCUCACCAACUGCGAGUACUGCGCCCAACAAUCCGCAACCAACAACCUCAAGACAUGGACCCGCGAGCCUGCCUCAAGGCGCAUCACAAGAUACAUCAGUAAACGACGUCGUGGAAGUUACCUCUACAGAUACCAUACUCACCCACCACCGUGGUCCACAGCGUCAUCAGGGGCACCUACGCCCACUCGCCCCUAAACCCCCCAUUGAAGACAAAGACACCUCACCUCAACCCCCUCACCACACUGCUCAACAUCCCACCCAGGGCAACGACCAAACCCAAACCCAGCAACCUCGCUUCACCAACAUGGCCCAAUUCCAACCCCUCCUCGCUCUCCCGCCUCCAAUCCAACACCCCCUCCUCCUCUCCCCUUUCCCCCCUCGCAUCCCUGGAACCUUGACGCCCGCCCUCCUCUCUCUCGCCAUCAACCCCCCUCGUUCCCUACAACUAGGCACCACCGACUCCCUGCAGCCCUACCUCCGCGCAUGCGGCCUGCCCGUCCUCUACAACGAUGUGUACCCGCGCGCUCUUCCCAUUUCGGUCCGUCGUGAACCCUUCAACCGCACCGUCAUUGUCGAAGAACGAUACCUUGCCGUCAUCGGACUACUAUACCCCAGGGCGGAGUUCAUCGUGAGCAGAAUCGCGGAGGGGGUCGGAAACCAAAAGGUGGAGCCGAAUUCGGGGGUGAUGAUGGAUAAGUGGCAUGUGUAUAAGGCGGUGAGGAUGAGUGGGGAGGAGAUGCAGAAGUUGGGGGUUUGUGUGUGGAGUGAGAAAGUGUGUGGCGAGUGGCAGCCUGUUGUGGAGGAACGGGAAGGAAGGGAGGUGAAGAGGGUGAAGAUGAUGGAUGUGGUGGUUGAUGAGGAGGAGGAGGAUGAGACGGACGAGGAAAGUGAUGAUAUCGUUGUUGUCAGCGGUAGAGCGAGGGCGAGUGAGAAAGAAGGGAAGGAGAAUGUGCGAAUGACUGUUGGGGAAGAGCGUGACGAAGAUUGCGAAGACAUGGAAAUCGUUGAUGCCGCGGCUGAAGGGGUUCAGACAUCCAAGACGACAAACGGGAAAGAAAAAGCCAAAGAAGUGCAGGUUGCCGACAAGGAAGACAAGGGCAAGGAAAUCCUGCAGGAGAUUAACGACGACGAUAAUACAGCUGCGCCUCCUGAACCCACAAGUUCAUCAGCAUCUGCACCUCUCCGGCGCUCCACAAGAGUUCAAAGUCGACAGGCCAGCGUAGAGGAACCCGCAACCGAUAAAUCCGAAAACACAACAACAGCGCCUUCCAACCCCAGUGGCAAGACCCUCAUCACCCGAAAGUUACGAGCAAUCCAACUAGACGAAACCGGCGCCACCAUCACCCCCAAUCCCAAUCCCACCCGACCAACCAAGACCCCCAAACCUCGACUUUCCACAGCCAUAACCACAACCACAACCACAACCACCAAACCUCCAGCUCCCACCGUCCCCUUUUCCAACCCUUCUACCGUCCCCUCUAGAAGUAGCAACCCCACCCCCUCCCACCGCACCUCCCCCACCCAUUACACAGUCACCCUCCGCCAACGCGACUACCCCCUAGGCGGCGUCGCCCGCAUCCAAUGCACUCCCCGAGCCCGGCAAGUAAUCGAAUCCAUCCAAGCCUCUUUCGGCGUCCAACACCCAUACGAAGUCUGGCGCCACAAGGACUACACGGUACAUGACCCCGACACGGGCGAAGUCACGCAGAGGUACAUCAAGGUGUUGCGCGGGUACGCAGGCGACGAGAACACAGACGAUGGCUUGAUGCGGUUGUUUCUUGAUGAGAUGGACCAGAGGAUUAAACUCAAAGAUACGGAAAACAAGAGGAACGAAAAAGGGAAGAAGAAGAAGGAUGGGCAAGAAGAAGAGGAAGGAAAAGAUAUGGCGGCUCUGGAAGACAGGGUGGCGUGGAAGGAGAGGUAUUUGGCGUUGAAGCGGAGGGGAAAGAUGGCUGUCGCGCGCGCCAAGGAGAGGAAGAGGGAUGAGGAGGAUAUGGAUAUGGAUUAUGAUGAGUGGUUGGAGGAGCGUCAUGAGCAGGAGGAGGAGUUGAUCGAGAAGUGGUUUGCGGAACGAUCGGGGUUGGUGGAGGAGGAGGAACUUGCUAGGAAGACGGUGGAGUUUGCAUUGUUUGAGUAUGGAGGAGGGGACGGACUUGCGCUGGGUAAACCUUGA